AUGUUAAACUGUACCGAUCUCGCCUGCGUCCUGCAUCAUCACCAUUUCUACGCUCAUCUGCAUCACCUGAAGCACCAUCUGCAGGAUGACCACGAUCAUCACCAUGGGCAUCACGGGCACGAGAGUCACGACCAUCACCAUGAAGCAGAAACAGACGGUAUUUCGAAGGCCAAUCGCGAUCCGCUCACGAUGACGAUCCUUGGCGAGCCGUCUGCCGGCGUGGUGCAUCAUCCCCAGCAGCAACAGCAACAGCAGCUGCUAUCACUACACCACCAACUCCGGUCAUCGGCCGCAUACAACGGAACUCACGCCGAACUGCUAACAGCCGCUGGAGAAGGGAGUGACGUAGACAAUGGCAAUAUACAGGAUUUACUCAACGAUACAGAUUCCGAGCUUUCUUCUCUGUCCCAUCUUGAUGCUCCCAACGAUGUGCUGUAUAUGAUAUGUGGAGUCGUCAUCGCCAUGGUCCUCGUGGGCCUCAUCAUAGUUUUAGUUGCAGUUACAAUCAGUAAGCUGAGAAAGCGGGAAGAGUCGUCGACGGUGAGCCCGGUGACGGCGAACAAUGUGGAGGCGGCACCGCACCACCACCAACACCAUCAUCACCCGUUCAGUCACCACCAGCUUCAUCACAACGGAACCAGCCAUCCUCAGCAGAACCAGCAGAACCAUAGUAGCAGUAAUCACCACCACCAGCCGAAUGGCGGCAGCAGUCCGGAAACAGGCUACUCCGUACCGACGCCGAUAGCCUUCCGGCAGAGCCCGUCUACUGUGUGGGUCUUUCCACCGUUACCACCGCAACCGAACAUCUACAACGCCAGCAGUCAGGACGCGUUAGUACAUAACGAGAAGACCGGCUUCAAGGGACUGAAACGUCAGCUGUCCGGUCGGUUCAAGCGUCUGGUAUCGCGGAAAACGCACGAACCUGCCCCAGUCAUACCGCCCGAGCUGAAACCCCAGCUCAAGACGAUCUACGUGUAUUAAUCAUAAUGAUUUCCAUACGGUUAGCA